CGCGCGGCUCCUUCCCGCUAUAAAGGAAGCCGCCCGCCUCCCGGCAGCACGCCUCCUCCAAGUCCUUGCGCCUGGUUUUUUCAGCUCUUCCCGGACUCCAGCUACCGCCUAGCUCGCCAUGGAUCCCAACUGCUCCUGCGCCACCGGUGGCUCCUGCACCUGCGCCGGCUCCUGCACAUGCAAAGACUGCAAAUGCACCUCCUGCCAGAAGAGCUGCUGCUCCUGUUGCCCCGCGGGCUGUGCCAAGUGCGCCCAGGGCUGCGUCUGCAAAGGAGCAUCGGACAAGUGCAGCUGCUGUGCGUGAUGUGGGGGAGAGCCUGCUCCCCGGUGUAAAUAGAGCAACAUGUACAAACCUGCAUUUUUUUGGUACCACCCUGACCAGUUUGCUACAUUCCCCAUCCCCCUCUUUUUUUUUCUAUAAAAUACAUGAAUGAUAAUAAAAGUUG